UCCAAGGAUCUAGGUUGGCGUAGCUUGUUUUACUUGCUUAGUUCGGAAGCUGUGGCAGUAGCGUGCGAGGGCGCGGGCGCGCAGGCUCAACGUACACUCUAUCUGUUAGACGUUGGACAGAUUGUACUAGCGGGCGGGCAAGCCUAUUAUGGCCGGAGAGCAGCCGCAGCAUCGGCCUAGCGCACUGCUGCUGAUGACGACGACGACGACGACGUCGACUUGGUAAUUUUCGACGGCAGGCAUCGCUUUGCGGCGCUACGGCGGUGCAUCCGUCGACUACUACAGCAGUACUACCGUCACGACAGACAGCCAGCUCACUCACUCACUCUGUGGUGUCAAAAGAAUUUGUCGGUGCUCUACCAACACGAAAUACUACUACCCUAGCAGUAGAAGCAGCAGCAGCAUCCGCUAAGCGUAACUGGGUCGACAACGAACCUUCGGGACCGAACAGCAUUUGUGUGGGCCUUUUCGGCUCAGCAGACCUGCGAACGAGCGGCCGUUUAAUACGGUCGUGUGACUAAAAUGAAAUUUCUUUGCGAAUUCAUCACAUAAAUGUUCGGCUUACGUGGAACUGAGGUGUUGCAGAUUAUCGUUCUGCUGGUCCUCUGCCACGUCGGCAGGAACGGGCCGUCGCUGCGGUCACCGCACACCUGCGACCGCCACUCAUCGGCCCUCGUGCGCCAUGUGGUUCAGAGCAAGCUGCAACCGCUUCUUGACAGCUACCGCGUUGCGAUGCCUGAAGACUGCCCAUUUCAUCCAGCGCGCGAUAUCCUCGUUUGGCCACAACGAAGUACACGAGCACCAUUUAAUCAACACCUCGACGUAUGGAAGUGCCCGAUAUGCGACAAGGUUUUCUUUGGCGAGGAUAAAUUAGCAUCACAUUAUCACUCCCACGGCCCCUUAGACCAAGUAGUGCAACAGCAGCAGCAUUCGUCUGAACAGAAAUCAACUUCACGCCAUGCGGGACACCUCACUGGAUUAUCAGCGUCACUCGGUAGCAGUGCAACAGAACCGCACUCAUCGCAAAGCGGAAACUACGUAAAAAGACAUAUCUCGGAAGGGGACCGCGUUUGUCUAGGGACAUUCUGCGACAUAAUGCGCUGCGAGGUUGUGGAGCGGCAGCUAUCGGAGGGGCCUAAUUCACGUGGCCUCCCGGAAAACAACCCUGAAUUCCCAGAUGAAUUUAAGGCCGCUCGAGAGGCCUGUGAUCCACAGGCAAUGGCGACACUAGAAAGUCGUUGUAAACUCGUAAUGCAACAAUGUACCAUCGGCCUCUUGAAUGUUCUCUCUGUCAAAGAAUAUAAAGACAUUGAAGGGGAACUAUAUAGAAAUAUCUGCGCGUAUCUCCGGUGUGAACGAUACUGGGAGGUAGGGCCUCCUGAAACGCGAACUGUAUCUCCUUUGGUGGCGUCAGCUAUUGGAUUUGUAUUUGCGACCGUCUUCUUCUUAUGCUAUUACGUCGUGCGGGUUGUCUCAGAUUAUACCCCCCUCCCUGAAGAAGCAUUGCCACAAGAACUGUCUAACGGGACCACAUUUCGGAGGGUGAGUUCGAGUUUAACCAUCACGCGCCAGCAUUCGGCUCCCCUCAUUGGUAAUGUCAAUUACCAUAAGCGGUAUACUGCUGGACGUCAUCACCAGCAGACAACAUACGAGCAAAGGGGAUCAGUGUUGCCUCCAGAAGUUCCCCUACGACAUCAUUAUUCGCACAUGCAUGGACGUGGGCACGGAUACGAUCGCAGAGAUCAUCAAGAGCAGCAACACCCUACGAUUCGUCAGUUGGCUCAAGGUCACGAGAUUCGCCAAGGUCAGACGUAUCAAGGACGGCAAGGAUCGGAAAUACAUACAAAUAAUAACAACAAGCACCCCUCACAGCAGACGGGGCAGUACUGCUCAUCGGCGCCGUUAUCCGUGAACCAGAGUUCACGUUUUCCGAAUAAAAGAUCACCGUUACCCAUUAAAGAUAUUCCUAAAGAAUUUCCUUCACCCGUCUACCACCAGCCGAUCAAGGAAUACCGAGCUCUUCAGAUGUCACCUUUGCACAAGGAGGGAUCUUUGGGACGGCGACCCUUGGAUUACGACAGAGAUGAAACCGAGGAACAGAUGCUUUACUACUCGCUUGACCAGCACCAACAGGAGGGUCCGCAAUAUCACUCAAUGAAUCAAGGCCAAGUUCUCUCUCAUCCUUUCUACGCGACGCACCACAACAUUAAGGCAUCUCCGAGCCCGCCUUCUACGCAAUCCCCCUUUCUGGCGGGCCAGGCAAACGCUACUUCUUAUUACGAUCUCGGUGAAUCCAUGACGAAUCAACAAGGCUCGAGGCUGCACCAGGAAAUUCAACCAACUGUCGCUGUUACCGCAGUCGCAGGUCGCCAAACUGCCAGCCGAAGCCAUCAAAUGCAUCAGCAGCCUGUGCAUCAUGUCCACCAGCUCACCUGCCAAAGUUAAGGCGUUUACGACCGGUAAUUCGAUUGUUAAGCCGGCUCCGCCUGUAGGCCCUCUAUAGCUGGACGGCCGGGCGAAAGGCAAAAAGGGAAUAUAACGAUAUUUAGUUGAAACAACACGGUCAGCUAUAGAGAGCUCACAGGGGUCGGCGUUGCGCGCACCACAUCCACACACAUUGUACAUACAAAUGGUUCAUAUUGAUAUUUGAAUAUUUGGAAUAUCCUGGCCAUGUAAGUUUUUGGAGAACAUCAAAGUUCCCGCAACAUUGUCAUUGUUCCCGAUCUUUUCCAGACGCAGAAAGCGAAGUGAAGUGGAAGGUGACAAAGAUACUGCAUCAUAAUGAUGCACAACUAUAGCAGUUAGAGUCAGAUGACCGCCGAGAAGUCCGUCCUAGACGGGGUACUAGGCAGCCGCUCGCAGAGUGAGAAACAAAUGCCGACCUUUAUUAAAAUUCGGCAAUAACUAAACAGAAGACAAUGACGGCGAUGAGGAUCGUCGGCUAGGUCGACGUUAUCACGGCAAUCUAAGACCCGCGAAAAACUCUGGACACAAAAAAGCUUAGAGAAUAUUUUCAAAACGGUACGUUGUGUUUAGUCAAGUGAAAGUAAUCUGUUAUACUGUUGAUGGUGUGAUAUUCACAAAGAUUGUGAUAAUAAUGAAAAUAGGAACGGUGAAUUGAAAAACCUAAAAGGAAAGAUGUUCGAGACUGAACCGAUGAAAACAGAGGGCAUCGAGAGACGUCGUGUUACAUCAAUGGGGAAUGUUUUAGGUGGUGCCGAAAUGUCAAAUUAGGAAUUGUGUAGGUGUAUUGAACCAUCGUGGGCGCUAGAAUGGCUCGAACAGAAGGAACGGACGAACGAAUGGUAAUGUUUACACGGCGUUGUAAAAAAAUACAGAAUUUGUGCUGAAUCGGUGACCAUGUCAUGCCGUAUAGAUUGAUGAUGGUAUCUAAUGUUUAUGAUUGAGAACAUUGAUUGACUCACCGACCGAUUAGCAUUUGACGCUUUUACUGCUCACUUGGUUGUUGUGACCGGGAUGUGUUCCGUGGGUGCCGGUCCGGGCUCUCCCCUCUGACUCGACUCAAGGAUACCGCCUGACACAAUGGAGUUGGAUAAAUAAAUAAACCGAGGCGACGAUGACCGCAUCGUGUGGUCAUAUCACACGACUUGUUCCACAAGCCACACCCGCUACUAAUACAACUUUGUUAUUGUGACGAAGACGACCAUUGAUAGUGACUGUACUACUACCAUUUCCAGUAGUGCUCUGAAUAUCCCGAAAUGCCUAGUACUGAGAAUAUUAAAACGCUACCGUCACGUCACGUCACGUCACGCUACCUCACAGUGGACCUCAAUCGACGGUACCGCUAUCUGGACCAACACGGACACUUCAACUGGCAUGAAAAAAUCACAUUUUUUUGAUGGAAUCCCUAUCACCACGAAAAUUAGGACAACUAGAUGCAAACGUGUGGGAAAACUGAGUUUGUCACAUGAACCGAUAAGACAAAUACAUGCACAUCUUGCUUGUUAACUAUGCCCAGACAAUGUUUCUCACACCACCACCACCACCACCACGCACAGGCCAUCACCGUAAAUGAUUUUUACGUUCAGCUGAGCCACGUAUUCACCGAUCUCUGAAGCAAAAUGUUCAUCGUCGGGAAAAGUUUUACAAUUGAAAGUAACAGUUCAGCAAAAGUAUGAUAAUAUGUAAAUAGUGAAAUUAUAUACCGUGUAAGAUACGUAAUAAAUCAUAACUGAAUUACUUAAGCGUUGCUAGAAGAACAAGAUAUGACUUAAUAAUGAUAGGUAUUAAAAGAUGUCACAGUAAUAAGCAGAAUUCUCGACGUUGAAAAGUGCAGUUGUGACCAGUUUCGAUAAGAUACCAUAUUUUCACACACAGACACACACAAAUGUACACUCAUUUCGCCAUUUCGUUCGUUUUAUCCGUAUACCAUUGUUUCUGCCGUAAUCUACGAGAACUGCUCUAUUGUAGUCUAGUGAUAGUAUUUUUAUUAUGAACUAAAUUGAGAUAUUUCUGUAGGAUUGUUUUGCCUCUUUCUUCACCUGGAAAAGAGACCAGGAAGAUAAAAGCAAUUUUGAGCAGAUGCAUAAUCAAACCACGCGGCGACAACGAUGACGAUAACAACCCUCAGCAUAACAUGAUCGAUGCAAGCAAUGCUUGUCAUCGUACGAAACAGCCUUUUAAGUUACUGCGAAGUUAGCUAUAAUCCCGCAACCGUACAAUGAUAAUAAUUAAGAUAGCAGAAGAACGUGAAAGAAGCAAACAAUAGCAAUCUUAAUUUGAAUUGAGUUAAUGUGAUCAUAAUGGGUAGUGAUUCCUUCACAUCGAUCUUGCUCGCUGUUUCAUUAGCUGGCUUGACUACAUUCAGUUAUAGAUCCGAGUGCCUAUUCACUGAUUUAUCAAGUACGUUACGUGAUGGACGCGUCUCCGUACACGGGAUUCGAAUACUUUUUCUGUACCUACCGAUUGCUAGUACUAUUUAACAAAAGACUCAGCCAAUUACAGGCUUCCUACGAGCGGCACGGUCGCGACUUCAGACGCCGACGACUAAAUCUUCGGCGUGAUGGGGUCGUGUUGUUAAGCGUAGACACCUCACCCCGUACAGUGUGAAGAACCCAACGAACAACUGACCACAUAAAUGUAAGCCAGACAAAGAAAACGGUCGGAAAACGUUGAUAUUUUUGUCCUGAUCAACCCAUAAUAAUAAUAGUAAUAACAAUCAUGACUGCUUAAUGCCGAUAAUGUCUGUUGAAACUUAUAGCCACUGAAAAUCAAUCGAGAAUCGAAAUAUUAAAUCAGACAGAGGACUUGGAGGUGCUGUUAAUUGCUGAUAGCGUUUAUCUCAAAAGUCCUUCGCUUCAAACCCUGAUCGCAGGCGUCCGCUCUGCUUCGCUCCUAUCAAGCUAUUAGACCGGAGCCCAGUUCUGAGUCUUGCGCCAGGCCGCUUUAAAGUUGACAGGAGAAAUCAACGGAAGGCUAAUGCCGUCUAUCGUUGACUUUCAUAUUUUUUGCUCAUUUUUAUGAUCAAUAUGUAUGUCUAGAAAUCGAACAGCAGAACAAAAAAAAACACAUCUGAUCACCUCACUGUUGUUUACGACAGCGUAUAGAGAAAUUUCAAAUACUAGGUUCCAAGUAUUCGUCAUAUCACCAACUACAGUUUAGUUAGCGAUAAUCUUAAUAUUUUCAGCGCUAAAUCCGGCCGCUCCUACGCGUAAAGGGGGCAUAGAAUGAUUUUGAUUUCGUCUAUGCAGACGGUGCGGCGAUGUUUAUAUAGUUGCUUGCGUAACCGAAUGAAAGCGCAGACGGUUAUUUGGAUACGAGACGACGCUGAUUUCUGUUUAAUGAUCCUUUCUUACACUGAUUUACACCUAGCAGGUGUUAUAAACGAGCCAUUUAUUCAGUAAAAUUUAGUAUGAUCAAUAAUUGGCAAUUUCUUGCCCACCCGUGUAUUUUUACGGUUAUAUUAUGAAACAUGAUUAUAUACUUGUCUGCAUGCAAUCACUGGUCUAACAGAGUUGUCGUUAACGCAAAGCAUAAGCUGUCAGCGCGUUCUUUUACAAAUACUGUCGCUUGGCUUUUAGGGAAGUGAGGUGUGUAGAUGACUGCCCCUUCCAUUUUCUUGGUGUGAAGAUAUGCUCGUGAAAGACAUAGUUGAAAGCGAAUCUUCAAAGUUACAGAAGUUGACAAAUCUGCUGACUGCUUAAUCCUAGCCUCCGAGUGUGCUAUAGGGAAGCGUUUAACUAACAAUGUGGAUUUGUUUCCGGUAAUUCUAGUGCUACAGUGGUCUGCCUGCUAGCAUCACACUUGCCUCCGUAGUUGUCGAAACCGCUGAUAGACAUGCAAUAACUGUAUGUGCAUACUGAAGACAAUUCAUUAGGCCAAUAGACAGCCGAAAAACGAACGAUAAUUCGAACGGAAAGAUAUCUAAAAUUUACAUUUACACAGGGAUAAUUUUCUCAUUUUUACUAAAAAAUCACCAUACCACUUCGACUGAGCGCGAGCAGAAGACGCUUGUUUCGCUAAUACACUUUUACAGAAGCAAGUUUAAGUAUUGCACGCAUCAAUCGUUGUGCAGUACGACGACUGAUAGUUUUUACUAAAACAUGCAAAUGAUUACCUGAAGUUCUCCUCCCAGUCCUCUACCUCCCAACGACAAAUCGUUUGUAACAGCACGUCACAGGGCACCUCUGUCUAACGGAUAGUUACUACCGAUAUAACGAUGAUAAUCGUGAUGAUUCGAUAACCGACCUGAAUUUUUCUACGUAAGCAAGCAUCGAACAAUAGAACCGUUUAGCCAGCUAUCUCUCUGUAAAAGGCUUCCUGGUUCCAGAAUCGAUACUAUUGGCUCGUGUGAAAAUUAUCUAAAACAACCCACACAAAAUAUAUACCUGUAACAACAACCAACUUCGACUAAAAUAAUUAGAGAUAAUAACAUAGUAUACAAACGGUACGCGAUCAUAAAAGUGAUUGUAAGAUAUUAUUGCUGGUUAGAGCAACGACGUAUUGCAGUUAAGAGUUGACUAAAGCUAAGAAUGAACCGUCAAUGACGUAAUAGCAUCCAGCGAUCACAUCUGUCGAUAAAGAACACUCACAAAUACUAGAAGAGUAUAAAAAAGAAGAUCAUACCGCCGAAUGAACAACCGCUAUUCAACAAAAUGUCAAUUAUGAUACAAAGCAGCAAUCUGAUGAUAAAAUAUUAUUAUACUAUUACCUAUGUGUAACGAUCAAAUAAGCAGCAAUGGUGAUGCCUUGAGGUCUCUAGCUAAUCUCAUCAUUUUCCCAUUCUUCAAAACGUAUCUUCAACAAUUUUCUUUACCCUGUGGUGAACAUGGACGCGAAUGAUUCAAAUGUGUUUUGUUCUAAUUUGAGUGUUCGAGGUGAGACUAUGCAUUAUCGCCAUAUCUAAGAAUCCUCUGAACUCUUCAGUUUGCCAUGAUAUGACACUUAGUAGUGUAGAUACAGACACAGAUUCAGUCACAAGCUUAAAUAAGAAGCAUCGCAUGAUUAUACACCUGCCGAUACAGAUCACUUGUAUAAAUAUUCCUUCUUAUGGGACUAUCUGCCCCCUGAUCUCGAUAUUGGCAUGAUAAGCUAUCCAAUACCCCUGUCUAGCUCAAGCUGAGAGAUUUCUGUGACAAAACUUGUACAAUAUCGUAUUUGUAUUGGGGUCUUGCCACUGAUCCCGUGUUGCGUGUUCAGUAAUUGCAUGUCAGUUACUCAGCGGCCUACAUUGUCCUGGUUAGGUUACAGUUAAUUCAUUGCCAAGCUUCGACUACAGAACAAAUACGAUUUCGGGUUGCCCACGCUUUCCCUGUGUACGCGGCGACGAGAACGAAUCUAAACGCCGACGAAGCUUCGAACAAACUACUUAGAACGAAUGAAAGGAAACAGGAAGUACAGAUACGAAAAAUGAAGGCGGAACCCCGACAAAUAUACGAGAUCUUUAACCCAUUAUGCGGCUCCGAGCUGAAUUACGGCUGAGAAAAAUAAAACAGCAACAAGAUUAGAGUUACGUUCUCGCCAACGACACACAAUAGACCAGACGAGAAUUACAACAACAGAAGCAACAAAUACAUAAACUGACAACAAUAACGAGAAAACAAUGAAAGAAUGAGAUAAACCGAAACUACCAGAACUGCGACAACAACAUCACCAUAGGUAUGGAUACAAAUGAACAAUAUUAUGAAUAUGGUUGAUUCUUCUUCUACCUAUUCUUUCACGUAAUGUAAACAUAAGUAGGUAAAUAAAACCCUUUAGC